AUGCCAAUUCCCAUCGUCGAUUCCCACAUCCACCUGUUCCCCGAAUCUCACCUCCCCACUCUAGCAUGGUACAGCCCCGAGAAUCCAGGCCCGCUAGGCUCACAGCAUUCAAUCGAUCAAUAUCGCGAGGCAACAAGAUCCGUCCCCACAUCGGCGCAAUCACAACAGCCCACAUAUCUGCGCGGGUUUAUCUUCGUCGAAACGGAUCGCCUUUCCUCUGUUGAAGAAGACGAAUCGGAGUCUGAACCGGGUACAACACAUGGGUGGCGUCAUGCCCUCGAUGAAGUUUCGUUCCUCGCGCGCAUUGCUAGCGGGGUUUCUCCUAUCCCUGGGGAAGGACACAGCGCCGAGGAUCGUGGUCUCUGUCUGGCGAUUGUCCCCUGGGCGCCUGUGCCGGGUGGGCCGGGGACGUUGGCGAAGUACAUGGCGCUGGCCAGGGAGAGAACAGGGUCAGACGAGGUAUGGCAGAAGGUCCGUGGUGUGCGGUACCUGGUCCAAGACAAGCCGUCUGGAGUAAUGCUGCGGUCUGAGUUCGUAGAGGGGUUGAAAUGGUUGGGGAGGCAGGGUCUCACUUUUGAUCUUGGCGUCGAUGCUCGGCAAGGCGGUAUCUGGCAACUGGAGGAAGCGGUUCAGAUGCUGCGGAUGGUAUAUGAAGGUGUUGAUGAUGAUGGGGAUAAAGUCAAGGUUGUGAUAAACCAUAUGUGCAAGCCUAAUCUGCGCCUUUCGUACGCUUCCAGCGAUUCAAUCACCGCCCAUCCUGAAUUUUUACAGUGGAAGUCCCAGAUCACCGCGAUGGCUCACUAUCCGUCAACGUACAUGAAACUAUCGGGCGCAUUCUCUGAGAUUCCUCCCCUUUCCGCAGACACGGAGCCGGACAUGACUCAGCUGCUUGAAAGACUUCAGCCAUGGACAGACGUAGUCUUUGACGCCUUUGGUCCUGAGAGAGUCAUGUUCGGCUCGGACUGGCCGGUUUGUAAUGUCGGUGGCGGUGGAAAUCAGGUUACUUGGGACCGAUGGAGACACGUUGUAGAGAGUACCUUGGAGCGAGGGAGGUUUGAUACUAAACAGAGGGCCGAUGUCUGGGGCCAAGUCGCUGUGAGAGCUUACGGUGUGAGAAUUUGA